CCGGAAGCAAGAUCCAUAGCAGGAGGAGUAUCGGGGUGUAAAUAGAGUUCUGUGACACGACUUGUUGUUGUCUCAGUGCCAGUGGUCCCUGCUGUCUAAUCUUUGACCGGUGGAGCCUCUCUUGGCACUAGCGUCCUCAGCGCUCACCGGUCUGCCUUGUGGUGCGCCAUAACAACUCUUUGCGCGCCGCUCAACAUUUAUCACAACUGUUGUUCAAGAGCCCGAACACGUUUGCGCUGGUGCGAAGAUGGAUGCUUUUGAUGGGAUGGACCUUGCUGCGAGAUUGAGCAUGGAGGCGAAAGAGUACUGGGUUCAUUUGGACGCUGAAGGGCCGCUCGAGAAGUACCCAGCGAAGCAACACGCUCGUCGAGUGCAAGAGAAGCUGGGAAUCGACGAGGGAUUGAUCUAUCUUGCCGGUCAGCCAGCAAAGAACAACGAAGAUAGUGACAUGCCAGCGCCGUUUCGACAACGACGAUACUUCUACUAUCUCACUGGAUGCAAUGAGCCAUCGUGCCACAUGACCUACGACAUCCAACACGACACUCUGUCACUCUUCAUACCUCGAAUUGAUCCUAGGCGCGUCAUCUGGAAUGGGCGCGGCUCCACUCUUGCCGAAGCCGUUGAAAGGUACGAUAUUGACGAAGUCUACUAUGUGGAUGAGCUUGGUGAUGUCAUCAAGGACUGGAGUAACUACCAUGGCGGGCAUGGCAGCGAUAUUUACCUGCUACACGAUGGUCAGCUGCCUCGGAUCCCUGGACUCCACGCAAUUAUCGAUUCGGAAUCCUUGCAGCCCGCAAUGAAUGCAGCGCGAAUGAUUAAGGAUGAGCACGAGAUUAGCCUCAUCCGUAGGGCCAACGACAUCAGCUCAGAGGCGCACCAGAAGGUGCUUGCCAACAUAGUCAAGUUCAAGAAUGAGGCGCAAGUUGAGGGCUUGUUCAUGGACGUCUGCAUCUCACACCAGGCUAAACAGCAAGCCUACGAUCCCAUUGCCGCGUCUGGUCCGAAUGCAGGAACUCUGCACUACGAUGCAAAUAACGAGAAUUUCGAUGACCGCCAACUCAUGUGUCUUGAUGCUGGCUGCGAAUUUGAGCUAUAUGCCAGCGACAUCACCCGUACCUUCCCGCUCACGGAAUCGUGGCCAAGCAAGGAGUCGGAGAACAUCUACAAAUUGGUCGAACGCAUGCAGGAGAGCUGUAUUGAGCGCCUUGCACCCGGCGUACGGUAUCUCGAUCUUCACAUUUUAGCUCACCAAAUCGCAAUUGAUGGACUCCUAAAGCUUGGAAUACUGCACAAUGGGACAAGGGAAGAGAUUUACGCAGCAGGUACAAGCCGGGCGUUUUUUCCACACGGUCUGGGUCACCACGUUGGUUUGGAGGUGCAUGAUGUUGGCCAGGCUGAGCUCAUGAGCGUCAGAAAGGGCAAAGCUGUGCUCACUCAGGCCCCUUCGCUGUUUCCGCAGAAUUUCCAUACCCCAGUUUUCGACCCCUCUCUGUGCCAUGCGCCCACAGAUGCAAAGAGCAGCCAACUCGAGGAGGGCAUGGUAGUCACGGUGGAGCCAGGGAUAUACUUCUCGAACUACGCCCUGCGACACUUCUACCUCCCAUCUCCGAUUCAUUCGCACUUCAUAAACCAAGAUCUUCUCCGGCGUUACAUGCCCGUCGGUGGUGUCCGAAUCGAAGACGACAUUCUCAUCACCUCGAAAGGCUACGAGAACUUGACCACAGCACCAAAGGGCGAUGCAAUGUUUGAUAUCAUCAGAGGUCACAGCACAGUCUUGAAGCAAACGCAACAGCCGGUUGCAAAUGCACCACUUUUGUUCCGUGCACCCGGAUGCCCACGCCAAACUUCGCCUUCUACACUACCAUCUAUCAGACGCGCUGCAACCAUGCCCGAUCACAUCGUUUCAGAUCAGCAUAACGGGAUCCGUCGCGACCAUACAUUGAGCUCGAGGCGCUCUAUGACUACCGAUGAGCGUGUCCGGUACUGGCGCCAAUCAUGCCAGCGGUCUUCACUACAACAUCCACCAGCCAACGCAAAGAAGCCCACAACUAUAUGUGGGUCACACUCUAGCGAUGUGAAACACACCUUCAUGGGCGACGAUUGUAGUCGCACGCAGCCAAUGCCAGGUCUGUUGAACUGUGCAGACUGCGCUAUUCUAGUACAGACGCUUAGCAGACUCCGCCAGAAUUUAACCCUCUCGAAAGAAAAGUCCACCAAACAGGCAUCUCAGCCACAAAAUACACCUGCAGAUCCUAUCUGCAGGGAUCGAUUGCAGCAUACAGCGGACAAAAGACCACAUGCAAGGUCCAUCGAGUUUGGAGUAGCACAAGAUACCGCGGGGAUGUGUGCAGACAGACCACAAUCGGACAUUGAUGCCUACAAGUCCUCGUCAACGCCUCAAGCUCAACAAAUAAGCACCGAUCAAAGUGAGAAUAAUGCUUCUUACACCGAGUGUGUGCAAUCGGCACGACGCUGUACUAGAGCGGAGGCACAAGAUGACAUCACUAUUCUUCACGAACCUCUUGCUCACCCGGAGCCAGAGCAAUAUUAUCGGGGCCAUGAGCUUUAUGCACCACCGCGCACGGAAGUCGGCCUAAGGGGACAGCAAACUGCUUCACACGCACUGGACCCGUACUUGCAUGACAAUUCAGGAUCAUGGCCACAGACUUCCCUGCCUGUUAGGACGCGCAUGUCAUGGCAGCCGGGACAACGACGAACCAGCAACCACACCGACGAUCGUGACUGGAUGGCAUAGGUCCUCAGCAUGAUCCGAGAAGUGCAUUUAUCGUACCAUACUUGGAUUCUCUUCCAGAUUAUGAACAUAAUAAUAAAUCUCCAUAAUAUUCGAAGUCGCAGCCAUCGUUAGAUGGCUUUAAGAUCUUGUCUCAUUCGAAUUCUAUGAUGACUUCAAUGCCCA